AAAUCACUCGAUGACUUUUGGUCAUAGCAUUGGUUUAUUCCAUUUUGUAAAACUAGGAACAAAAAAUGCAUUUCUGUAUAUCAGAAACUAAAUUGCGCAAAUCCAAAUCUACCGGAGAUAUAAGGAACGAUUUAAAGUUUGUGAAAUGUGCCGACGAUGACGACUCGUGGACCGGAUACGAUACACUGCUGGACAGUUUGUAUAAAUCUCACAGGAACAUCUUGGAUUUGAAAGGAAAUAAUCAUAAGUUAAGAGGUAUCGUGAGACAGCAGCAGCGCAUAUUAAAUAAAAUCAAAGAUGAUACAAAAAUAUCUUACAGAAACAUAAUCGCAAGCGUCUUAGAGGAAUCCGAGGAAUUUAUGAAAACCAUGGAUGAGACAGGAGAUAUAUUUGAGGACACAGAUAAUUCCGAAGUUACCUCAAACAAACAAGCAAGAACCCUUCUCGCAGCCAUUGAACCGAAACACUUGAAAUCUGAGGACAUGAGAGGAAAAAAAGCUCUUAAAAAGACAGCCAAGAGCUUUGACGAGCGUCAAGACAACAUCAACGCAGACAAAGGUCCUGUCAUAAUUCUGAAGCGGCCGAACAAAACACUGCCACCCGAUGUUACAGUACCGAGCUCAAAACGGGACAUCGAAGAAAAAGAAUUUCCUCAAGAAUGGUGGAAAAGUUCUAACAGAGAUGAUCAGUCCAGAGAUACUAUGACGCCCAAGCUAAAGUCUUUUUUUAAAGAAUUAAAGAUAUCUCGCGACCAAUCUCCGAAGAUUAUACUGCCGCUGCUUCAAGUGGAGUCAAGUCUGUCUAGCAGCCAAGUAGGGCAUCUUAGCCUAGAUUUUUGCCAAGCAACGCCUAUAAGUGGAGAAAAAUUCGAUCCAUACGAAGAAGAACUGAAAGUACCUCCCAGUCCCCCGCAGCCAGUGGAUCCCGAAGUAUCCGUAAUAGAUCAUCUCAUGCAGUCAGCAGUAAUCAACAAAAAGAUCUCCGAGGGGGACUUCAACGGGUCAUUCGAGGAGGCAUUAUCCUACUGCAACUUGUCGCUGGUGAUGGGGGCGUGCAGGGCCGUGGACCCGGCCGCGGUGUUCAACCCGUGCAGUCUGUCCCAGUCCGUGCUGCUGUCGCUGGUGCAGCAGCUGGCGACAGACAUGGUGCACGAAACACAGCUUAAAUGCAGAUAUUUAGAAGAAGCUCUGAUAAACUUGGACGUAUCAGAUCAAGUAACACGGGCGCAUCUACCAUUAGUUGUUGGGGAAGUCCGCAAGCACCUUUCAAAAUUUGUUCGCGCCUACCCACACCAUGUCGCAAAUCGUCGGAUAUCGCUGAUUAUUAUGGCUGCUGAUAAUUUGAUUAAAUAACUUGGUAUAAAUUUUGUUACUUUUGUUUAAAAUGUUACUUACAAUAGGUAAUAAAUAAUUAUUAAAUAUAAUUA